UAUGGAUCCAGUUUAAUAGACAGAAGUGAAAAAUGAAGAGAAUAAACCUAAUUAGAGUAGAGGGGAAAAUAGAAAACGAGAACCUAAACAAAAAUAAUAAUAGGUUCAAUAUAUUGUAAAAGGAGAGGAAGGUUAGAAUUAAUUGCAAAAUAUUUUAGCUUAAAAAGAAGGAGAAAAAGAUAAUUAAGAUAAGAAUUAAGAAAAAUAAUAAAAGAAGAAUAGAAGAGAAGAUAGAAAAAGACCUGAAUUUGAUUGGGAUAAAACUAAGAUUACGAUUGAUACAAAAGUACCUGAAUUACCUGCUCAUCCUCCUUAAAAACCAAAUAAAGAAGAGCAUUAUAAAUAAUUAGAUAAAAUUGAUGAAGAAAUAAGAAAAUAAUGGAAUCAUUUUGUAUUGAAUCAUAAAUUAUAUUUAGAAUGAUUUUGUUAAAAAUGUUAAGGAAUAAUAAUAAAAGGCAAAACAAGGAAAUCAAUAAAAGUUGUAGAAUGAAGUGAAACCAUUAGGAUAAGUGAUUGGAGACAAAAUUAAAUUGGUUACUGAAAAAUAAGGAGAACUAAAGAAAAUGAAGAAUGAAAAUGAUGAAAUAAAAGAAUAAAUUAAUAGACUUUUCAAUUAAGCUUAAGAAUAUCGUUAAAAGAUGAAGAGUUUAGAUAAUCCAGAUAAAAUAAUUGAUGAAUUAGCAAGAUUAAAAGAAUCAUUAUAACAAGAUAAAUUAAGUGCUAAUGAAGAAAAAAGAAUAGUUUAAUAAGUAAGUGCUUUAGAAAGAUCACUUCCAUAUAUUGAACCACUUUAACAAUUAGAAAAGGAAAUGAAGAUAUUAAGGACAAAAUCAUCUGCUAUUGGAAAAGUUAUGAAUACAGUAUAUAAUAGUAUUCAAGAAUUAAAUGAAGAAAUUAAUUAAUAUAAAUAAGAUUAUGAAAAAUUAAAGGAUAGUACCAAAGAUUCAGUUGUCAAUAAAGCUAAUCCAUUAAUUGAUAAUGAAAGAUAAAAUAUUGAGGCAAAAGUUUAAGAGUUGAAAGAUAGAAAAGAAAAAUUGAAAAGAGAUUACAAUUUGGCUUGGGAUAAAUAUGAAGAUAAUGAAGACUUGUAAAGAUAUAGAGAAUGGCUCUUAAAACAAAUUAAUUGGAUGAAGAGAGAUGCAGAAAAAAAAAAGAAGGAAGAAGAAAGAAAGAAAAGAGAAGAAGCAAGGGCUAAAAGAGAAGCUGAAUAAGAAGCUGCUGAAAAAGAAGAAGCAGAAGCUAGAGCUAAAGAAUUAGAAAAUAUUAAUCCAUUCCAAUAUUAACUUGGUAAUUUAUUAUAUUCUAAUAUAUAGAUCUUUGUGAUACUUUAAUUACUUAUUGCAAUAAACUCAAACCAAAUGCUGCAUAAUAAUAAGCAUAAUAAUAAUAACAAUAAAUAGAUGUUGAAUAAGUAUUAAAGAGUGAUGAAUGGAAAAAAGAAAAAUGUACAGUUAUUAAGAAAGAUAAUCAAGAUGAUUUAUACAAUUUUACUUAAUUGAAAUCAAAGAAGAAGAAUAAAGUAUUUAAUAUUAUUAAUUUAAGUAAUAAUAAUAAUAAAAAUAAACAAAAGUAGAAAAUAAUUCUGAUAAACCAGAACUAUUAUAACAUGAUUUAUAAACUCUUUAAUUCUUUGAUGCUAUUAAAGUGGGUACUCCAUUUUAUAUAAGUGAAAUUGAUAAAGUUAUAAAAAGUAUUUAAGAAAGAAAGGAUUAUUAUUUAAAUAAAGAAAACUGGUCUAAAAAGGAAAGUCAAGAAGAAUAAGUUAAUUAAGAAGUAUAUAUAUAUAUUUAAAUAAAAAUUUAGAAUCCAAAAUAAAAGAAAUAAUAAACCACUUCAAAUCAAGAUGAAUUUCCAGCUUUAUAAUGA